GCCGCCUCGGGGCACCCUUCCCCUGCCCCGGACCGCCACUCUCCGGCCGCCCCCCUGCUCCAGCGCUGACCCUGUCCGCCGGCGGGGAAGGAGGAGGAGGAGGCGGCGGUGCCGAACCACCGGGCGAGAACAUGUCGGAAGUGCUGCCGUAUAACGAGGAAAAGCUGGGGCACUAUGGAGAUGGGGGGGACGUGGGCCAGAUCUUCACGUGCCGCCUGCAGGAUACCAACAACUUCUUCGGGGCGGCUCAGAACAAGAGACCGCCCAAACUGGGCCAGAUCGGCAGGAGCAAGAGAGUUGUUAUUGAAGAUGAUAGGAUUGAUGACGUGCUGAAAAAUAUGACAGACAAGGCACCUCCUGGUGUUUAAAGCCCCCAAAGACACUGAGUUAAGGGAGAAAAUGAUGAUAACAAACACAGCAACUUCACACAGUUUAUUGGCAAAAAAAAAAAAAAAAAG